AUGCGACGCGAAACGGCCGUUCUUCUGGCCGUUCUCCUACUCCAAUCGACACGUGAGUAAAGGGUUUCUAUUGUAACUGAUUAAAAUUAUCAUUUUUUAAAAGCUUUAAUAUAAAUUCGUCUUGAAACUCAAAAUUACGGUAACUUUACAGUACUUUCUACAUGAUUUCUCAAAAAAAUCAAAAUUACAGUAACCUUAAACUACUUUUAAAAUAAUUUUUUUUUAUUUUAGAGUCCCUAACUUACCGCCAGAUAGCAGCCCAAGAAGAUGCUGCCAUCUCAGCCGUAUCCUUGUUGAACCUCGACUGUACAGGCAAAGAUGACGACAUAUAUCCAGCCAGAAGUAACACUUGCCAACGUUACUUCUUCCAUUGUGUAAAUGGUAAGGCACACAAGCAAAAGUGUCCAGCCGGUCUGUUCUACUCUGAACAACACAAGAGUUGUGAAUACAGAAGCAAUGUGGCUGCUUGUAGUGGGUAAGGCUCAGAAUUCUUUUUUCAGAUUUCUUAAAACUUAAAUUUUUUAAAAAUCGUCAAAAAUUCAAAUUACUUGUUUUAAAAAUUUUAAAAUAAUCAAAAAUAUUAUCUUAGAUCUCCUUCCGGACCUGUCCAACCAGCUCCAGUAUCACCACCUCCAGCUCCGCCACCACAACAUAAACCAGCACCAGUAGCACCAGGCGCAGCACCCCAACACCAACCAGCGCCAUCUCCACCUAGACCAAACUCUCCACCUCCACCAGGUCCAGCACAACAGCCUCAACCAGUACCACCAAGACCAUCCCCACAAGCUCCAGCAGCCCCACCUUCUUCUCAAGGCUCUCCACCAGCUCCUCCACCGUCUCACGGUCAAGCUCCAAGCUCUCGUCCCAACUCUCCAGUUGGAAUCGUUGGAAACGAAGACUCCAGAAGCCCAAAGCCACGAUCAGAAUGGAGUCCAGAAGACCGUACUAAAGAAGCUCCAGUCGUUGGUGGAAUCUCAGGUCGUGGGGUCUACAGUCAACCGGAAGUUGUUAUCCAGCAAGUGCAAGAUAUUCACAAGUGGAAUUCAAAGCCUGAAUCUCAGAGCUGGGCAUCAAACUCAGAAGCUCAGCAAUGGUUGCCAAACUCAGAUAGAUGGGCACAGAAACAUCAAGAGUACAAGCCCCAGUCACCGCAAGGUUACCAACCACAACAACAUGAAUACCAACAACAUCAUCAAGGUAGCUACGGACAAGCAGCUUCAAAAUAUCCAGCUCCAUCUUAUACUGAAUACCCACAAGUACCAGCUUACGACCAGCCACAAUACCCACAAGGUCCUGCGCCAGCUUACGGUCAACCAGAAGCUCCAAGGUACGAUGUGCCAGCCUAUGAAGCCCAACGCUACCCCGCUCCAGAAUAUGGUAACUAUCCAUCAUACGGUCGAAGAUACGAGGGUUCAUAUGAUCAACCUCAACAACCUUACCCUGCUCCAGAAUAUGGAUAUCCACAAGAACCAUACAGACAAGUAAGACCAUACGAAGGGUACCAACCAGAACCAGCUUAUGGAGCUCCGCCACCACCUUAUGGUGCUCCACCUCCAACCUACGGACCUCAACCCCAAGAGCCAGCCUAUGGAGCCCCAGUGCCACCUUAUAGUGCUCCAGGACCAGCUUAUGGCCCUCAACCUCAAGGACCUGCCUAUGGUGCUCCAGUAGCACCUUACAGCCAACCACAAGGUCCAGUCUACGGCCAACCACCUCCAGCUUAUGGUGAGUAUCCAGGGUACGACGAUGGCAGACAAGAUGACUACUUCCAAGCACCACAAGGAUACCCACAAGGCUACGAUGGUGAUGUCUAUGGGGGCUACGAUCAAGCUUAUGGACAAGAUCAAUAUGGUGCUGAAUACGGUAGUGCUCCAACAGCUCCACGAGGAUACGGUAACUCUGGUGCUAACGAUUUGUUCUUGUCUUCUAACAAGAAAGAGAAAAGUAAGUUACAUAAUAUAAUGUACUAUAACAUAUUACAAGGCGUUAUUAAGUCCAAAACCAAGGCAUUACUUUAGUUGAAACUAAUAUCAGCCUUUUUAGUCGAUGAAGCUAAAACAGAAUCCAAAAAGCCAGCCGAAGAAACUGAAGGUAAAGUAGAAUCAGCCGAUGAAGAAGAAGUUGAAGGUUCAGGUCAAGACGAAGCUGAAGAACGACCAAAACGAUCAGCUUUCGACACUGAUGAAGGUAGCAUAUAACAUGUUUAUGUCAUUUAUUAAGUUAUUCACAUAAUUCUGGCCCACUAAAAGCAAAUUUUUGGGUUUAAGAGCACAGGAUUAUUUGAACAAUCUAAUAUCAAUUAAUUCUUUAUUUGGUCACUUUACGUUGCUUCAAAAAUUGAUCUACAGCAUCAUAAUAUCACUCUUUUAGACAAAGUAAAAUACGGCCGCUACCGUCGUUCCACCGUUCCUAAACUUCAUCAAAAGAUUGUCCACAGAGCCGAGCCAGAGCCUUAUCAACAUGCUGGUAAAGCCGUAUAUCCACAAGGCUCAAUUCAGUUUCCUCAACGGCAGAACGGACCUCCGUAGGUUUCUUUCAUAUCAUAAUAUUUUUAAAUGUCAUUUUUAAAAACUCAAAAAAUCAAUUUAAAAAAAUCGUCCAAGUAUACUUUUAAAAUUUUAAAAACCCUUUUCAUGACAGAUAAAUAUAUAUGACGUAUUUUAACAAAACCCAUUCAGAGCCCCAGCAAGUGACUGGAACCAACACGGCCGUUCAGCCAAUAUCACUCCUGGAAGCCCCGAAUACACUGUACCCGGUCCAUUGCCAAAGAACGGUCCAGCCGAGAAGCGAACACCACCACGAGCAUACGAAAUCAUUGCCGAGUAA